CUUUUAGCGGCGCUUCAAAGGGCUCCGCUCCGCGCCUUCGAUCAUAGCGGCAUAUUAGAUGGUGUUGUUCGACUCGGGGAAAAGCCACGGCCAAGAGCAGACACAGUCCACCACACGUUUCGCUCCAUCUUCCUUGCUUGCCAAUGCCAUGGAGCAGCCCCAGAGCACCAGCGACAAGGCCCAGCACCGCGCCUGCGACCCCUGCAGUAACGCUCUCUCUCUCUUUCUCUCUCUGUCUCUCUCUCUCUCUCUCUCUCUCCCCAUCCCUCUAGCCGCGCCUGGCCUGCCUACCUAGUGAGCGAGUGACGGCGUCGCUGACCACAAGUAUGACAAACAGGGAAGCGGAAAGUGAGAUGUUCACGCCGUGCUCCACCUUGUGAACGGUGCUCGUACUUUUCGUUGGACUGCGAAUACUCUCCCAUGAGGACCAUAGGCCGUCCGCGUCGACGCCCGUCCGCCCGGCCUCGGGAGGAGAACGCCGUCGGUCAACAUGCGCUCCCGACGCCGACCGCCGGUCUCAUCGACGUCGGCGGCUUCCCCGAGAUGAUGGACCAGUUCUUGAACGGCUUCAACACGCCGCUUCCCUCCUUCACUAUGGACUUUGGUCCUGUUCAGGCCGGCGGCAGCAGCAGCAGCAGCGGCGGCGGCGGCACGCAAGGCCAGUCGGC